UGCUACACCAUCCAGCCGUCCAACAAUGACCAAACACGACCUCCCCAUAGCUUCUAUCAACACUUGUGGACAACAGCUUACUCAGGAUGGCUCUCCUUCAAGACAUACUCCCGUAAGAAUACCAUUCAUUACAAAAGUUCCGGAAUUCGUUCGAUCGUGCGUUUCGAUGCCCUGAGCCACUCUGAUAUACACAAGCGAAAAGGCAGCUCUUGGUGCAUGUGACCUCAAGGAGAUUUUCCCAAAAGACGACUCGAUCGAAUCUGACAACUUGUUUGAGACCACCAUCACCUCAGCUCGAACGCAUCAAUUCGCGAGGAAGGAUAUAUGACGAAUGUCGCCCCAAGGAAUCAGCCCUGAAAGCUCCAGUUAUACCAUCUCCAUCUUUCCGGCAAGUUUCGAUGUUGGACCAACUCCUUCCAUUUUCUCUUAUCCUGAUCUCGCACGUCUCGCCAAAUGCAACGACCCCCCUUUGCCAGCUGAAGAGACGGCUUUGAAAAGGAUAAUUUCAGAAUCGGAGACUCACCUGGCGAUACUCCAGCAGGAGAUCGACUCCAUCACAGAAACAAGCGAAAAUCUCGGUGCGCAACUGUCGUGUUUCAGUGCUGCCGGGACCAAAGCGGCCCUUGUUGAGAAGUAUCGUGACACUGAAGAUUCCAUUCGAGCAGCGAAAGAUCUCUUCAACCCGGUCCGACAUCUACCUGUCGAGAUUCUUCACCAUAUCUUUGUUUUUGUGGUCGAAUUUCCCCCUCCAAAAGUAUGGGAUGAAGGAAGUCAUUGUUGGAAGAUCCAACAUGAGAAAACGUCACUGUGGGACUUGGAGUUGGUAUCGAAGGCCUGGGGAUCAGCCCUGCUGUCAUGUUCCGACGCGUGGUCCUAUAUCUGUCUUAAGGACACCGACAGGUUCGAGAGAACAGCCAAUAGUUCUGCCUUUCGUGGGCUUCUGCGCCAGGUCGAGAGAUCAAAACCAAGACCAUUAUCCGUGUCAAUUCACCAAUCCUCACGUCGGGGUAUUCCAGACUUGCUUGUCGCCACCCUUGUUCACUUUGCCAAUAGGAUCGUAACUCUUCAAUUGGCAUUGGGGAUCGUCGUCCUCCAGGAUCUUUACCCUCUUCGAUUCUUUCUGCUAUCCCUCCAAAAUCUAUCUAUCAUUUCCACAAUACCUGGCCUCAACGUGGCUGCACUUGGUGUUUUCGAUGCCUUUUCGUCCGCACCACUGCGGUCGUUAGAACUCUGGCAGGUGUCGUCGCCUGGUGCAUUUGUCAUAUCCUGGCCACGGAUCCGCCGCUACAAGCACCAAUAUCGCUAUCCCCAGGGAUUCUGGAGGCCGCUUUCUCAUGAUGCCUUAUGGCAAACUAGUCGCCUCAGCGACGUCGAAGAGUAUGAAAUAAGCUGCACCGAACUUUCUCAACAUCAAGUUCAAGUACCCGAACUCCUCGACAUGAUCACCCUCCCCAAGCUCCAUACGCUACGUAUGCUAGCGUCACAAAGCAAGGGGUUUGAGACGCUGCCCUUGUUACUUGACCACAUGACCACGCCAUCCCUAGCCCGUGUGACAAUGCAGGCUUUCGAGCAACUUGAGAAUCCCGCCCUAUAUGCCGUUCCCUCCCUCUUCCGACUCUUUCAUCGUUCUCAUUGUUCCAUCACAUACUUGGACUUAUCAGACGUACGCGUCUCCGAGGCCGACAUGGAGACACUUUUUCACCUGGAGUUCGUGCAUCAAGCUCUCCAGGAAUUGCAUCUCUCCAAUGUCGGCUCAGACUGCUUCACUGACGGGUUCCUGUCUAGCUUACAAUACACCGAGCCCGCGAUUUGCCCGCUCCCCAGUUUACACACGCUACAUCUCCGUGGAAGGUGUAAUUUUGGGCCUCAGCGAUUCGUUGAGACGAUCGCGUCUCGAUGCAUGCAGGAAGGUAAUCAAUCGCCAGCGCGUAUGCAGAAUGUUCAGCUAGUUUGGGCUUUGGAACCCGGCCAGUUGGAUCACUGUCAGUACAUUCACGAAGAACUUGCGCCAUAUCAGAGGAGUGGCUUGAGCCUUGAAGUCAGUUCAGUUCAGGUCUUUCAGAUUGCAGGGUAGGAUCAUAAUAUCAAUUGUACUUGUAUGAUCUAUAGGAUGGACCUAGUA